CCGCUUAGCGGUAUGAAAUUAUAGUGAAAAGUUGCGUAUAAGCAAGUGAAAAUAAGAUAGUUGAAAAUAAAGAUGGAAUUCUUUGAGAAUCAAAUUACAUGUUCAUAUUCCCCGAAGUCAAUUGACAUUGAUGAUAUUUUCUCAACUGAAAAUACAGAUAUUGAUGUUGAUGUAAAGCCGUUUAAUCCAGAUGAUUUUCUAAAUUUGGAAGCAUUUCACGAUGUGAAACAGAAUGAAUUAUUUCCGGAAAAAAAUUCAAUUACUAACAAUUAUAGUAAUAAUUUACAGCAGCUUACACCUCCUAUAAGCCCGCAACCAAACAGUCAAAUAUUUAUUGACAAUAGUGCUUUACAAAGUAUUAAUUUCAUUCCAGUCACCAAAGUGAAGCAACAAAUACAUUCAAUUCGUAAGAUAAAAAGCAUUGUUCCUAAACCGUCCUCAACAUCUUCCAACAAUUCAGAUUCGGAUACAAACAAUAUUAAAAAAAUAAUAAUAACCUCAUGUUCUUCUGUAGACAGGGACUUCAUAAAGAGACAAAGAUUAAUAAGAAAUCGGAUGUCAGCAAUUAACUCAAGAAAAAAGAAGAAUGAGUAUGUUCAAACACUCGAAGCUGAAAAUCUUGAGUUACAUAAAGAAAACAAAAUUUUGAAGAUUGAAAAUUUGCAACUUAAAGAAAGAUUAAGAUGCUUUAACAGACUUACGUGUCGUUGUGCAAGCUCAUUUUCUAGCAAGCUUUCUUCAAAAAAUGCUGUAGCACUUUGUGCUAUUACACUGCUUAUUGGCUUAAACAUUUUAAGCUUCAGAAAUUUUUCAGAAGAAUGGAACUUCAAAAAGCAUAUUAAAGUUGGGGAAGUUUUUCAGUCAAGAAAUUUAUUGCAUGGAAAAGCUUCUACAGAAUAUUAUAAAAAUAAAGCAGCUUCGAAUGACUCUCUUUAUACAGAUGAUCCGGUUAUUUACUUUAAUCAGACUGAACGCAUUCGUAAAGUCAAUAUUGAAAAUAUUCGUCGUUGGAUACCUGAGCCAGAUUUAAACAUUUCCAAUUUAGCAAAAGGUUUUGAAUUCAAUCCAGAUCCUUCGCAUGACAAACUUGCAAAAAUGUAUGAAAAGUCACAUGAACAAAAUCGAAAGGUUUCCAGAAAUAAAAAACGUAUCCCAAAGAAGAAGCCUAUGAUUGGUCCUGUUCAAUUUUAUAAUUCAAAUUUGAACAUCAUCAAGCUCUACGAAUUUUUCGACGAAAUUGACCGGAAGGAUGAUACAUUCUAUGUUUUUUCAUUCAGAGCCGAACAUUUGCUUCUCCCUGCAAUUGACAGUUCUUAUAAUUUUUCUCAAAUUAAAAUGAACUUAAUUAUGCCACAAUAUAACAAUGAUAUCUUAACGAAAAAUAAAAUUACAAUGAUGCAAAUCGAAACAAUCAUCUUGAAUACAUCGCUCAUCCAAAUAAGCGAAAAAUCAAUCCCUGUAAAUUUUUUAAGAAAAAAGAAUAAUUAUAACUCUACAAUGUGUAAUGAAAGUAAUGUGAAUUUUAAUUCACAAGAGAAGAUUGUUAGAAGAGACAUUAACGAAAAGGCAACAAAUGGUGAAAAUUUUCAAAAAUUCCGAAAGAAAGCAGCAGAAUUUCCCAACAUAAAAAUGUUAACAAAAUUUCGAAUUAAUUUCAUUGCUUAUAGCUUCAAUAGAAGAUAUAGCCAAAUAUAUUCGCAAGCUACUAGAAAGGAAGAUGGUUCUCCAAUUGAAGAAUUUCGCGUUUUGACUUUAUACAAAACUAAGACGCAUACACUGCAAAGUAGAGGAAGAAAACCUAAAGUGCAAGCUGUUCCACCACCACGGACACAACAAAUGGCCAUUGAUCAGGAUUGGAGCUCAGUUUGGCCGGGUCCAAAAACUUUUCAUCCAGCAUCAGUGCCUCUUCCGAUAAGACAAGGAUGGGUUAAAAUUAAUCGAGCUCCUCCUGGAAAAUUUGCAAACGCAGAACUUAUGAAAAUUCCAAAUUUUCUUCAUUUAACUCCUCCAGUUAUCAGCAAACAUUGUGAAGCAAUAAAGAAGUUUUGUACACCAUGGCCAAAAGAACUCACCGGAGAAAAAGCAGAAAAAAAAUUUCCGCUACGUGCAAUAACAUCUGAUUACGUUCAUGGCAUGCCAACAAUCAGAAAUCAUUUGUCAAGGAUAGUAACAAUAAAGAUAAAACUAUCAAACCUUAAUUUGGAUGAACACGCCAAGGAUAAAUUUCUUCGUUUUGUAGGUGAACGAUAUAAUCCAGACAAUGAUGAAAUUACAAUCGUUGCUGACAGAUGUCCAACGAAAAAGCAAAACCAUGAUUAUGCAAUUUAUCUUCUGACAGCAUUAUACCAUGAGUCCAAUACUUUUGAAGAAUGGGAAAAAGCAAAAAUUGAAGCUGACAUGGAAACAUAUUAUUGGAAGGAUAAUAAAUCUAAAAUUUCAGCGACUGAGAUUAUUAAUUGGAGAUCACAAUCGGAAGAUAAAAUUGAACCUCUCCAAGAAUAUGGAACAAGCGUCGAAAAGUUAUUUAAUGAGGGUGAAAAUAAUUAUAAUCUCGACAAAUACAAAUAUGAAGUCUUGAAAAUGAUAGGAAUCGUCAACAAAAAUUCAUGAAUUCUUCAUUAUCAUUUGUAAUAUUUUAGAAUGAAUGUAAAAGAAAAAAUUGUAAAUUAAAAUUUUCAUUAGAGCAGAACUGUCAUGCAUUCAUUUCUAUGUUAAUAUCUCUUUAACUAUUUAUUUAUUAAGUACAAUAGAAGACCUGCUUAUAAUCCAUAACUUUUCUUAAUAUAAAAUUGAAAAUAUUCACAUUUUCGGAAUAUUUGAUUCGUAUAUUUCGCGCACAGCAAUAAUUAAAUAGAAUUGAGAAAUCCCGUUGUGUGAUGAUCGAACAUUCAAGUAACAUCUAAAAUAAAUUAUUGAAACCUUAAAACAAGGUUGAACGUUCAGAACGGUUCAUGAUAUUAUACAACUGAUAAUUCUUCCUAUUCAUUCAUAUAGAAGAUCAGAUAAAAACUAUAGAAACUUGGGAUAAAACCAUUGAAAUUGGAUU